AUGAUCGUGAAUAAAUUCAAUCACAAAGGAUGGAACCAAUACUCCAAUAUUGCUAGAAAUCCAGGUCAGGUUGAUGACAAAGUAGUUGUUGGGACACACCGGGAUUCUGUUAAUUUAAACCUUCCAAUGGAUUUGCCUUCUCCCGGUGCAUAUGACGAUACUUCUGGUUCAAUUACUAUAUUGGAAGCUUACAACUUGAUUUUUGAUCAAAUAAAAAGAGAAAACUUUACACCAUAUAAUACUCUAGAAUUCCAUUGGUAUUCUGCUGAAGAAAUUGGACUUCUAGAAUCCCAUGAAAUUUAUAAUCACUAUGCUAAUAUUAAUACAUUGGUUACUGGAAUGUUUCAACAGGAUAUGUCAGGAUUUACGAGGGGUACAAUUGAUUCUAGUAGUGAAAUCCAUUUUGGUAUGGCUACGGACUUUGUAUCACCAGAAUUGACUAAAUUUGUCCAGUUGAUUAUCGAUACCUAUACUGAUAUUCCUUAUAGAACUGAUGAAUUUGGAUAUAUUACAAGUGAUCAUGGAUCGGCAAAUAAAAGUGGUUACCCUAGUGCUUUUAUGAUGGAAGCACUUCCCCAAAGUUUGAAAGCCAAAGAUAACUAG